AACACUCUUCCUAGUUAGCAUUUCCUCCAUGGCUACUUGGAGGAGUAGUAACAAUGUUACACUUGUAGUACUAUUGUUUGCAUUUUGUGUUGGUAUUAGUAUUACCAUAUGUUCUGCAGCCUCUAGAGGGCUGUUUAAUCUGGAUGGAGGAGUUUAUGGAACUGGAAAUGAGGGAAUAGGUAGAGUUGUUGUAGGAGUGAGUGAAGGUGCUGGUUAUGGAAGUGGAAGUGGAAGUGGAGAAGGGUAUGGAGGAGGUGGUGGUUUAAGUGGUGGUGGAAGUGGUGGAGGAGGAGGUGGAGGAGGUGGUGGAGGUGGUGGAGGUCAUGGAGGUGGAAGUGGAAGUGGAAGUGGAUUUGGAGAAGGUGGAGGACAAGGUGGUGGCAGUGGUGGAGGAGGUGGUGGCGGAGGUGGAGGAGGAAGUGGUGGUGGAAGUGGAUAUGGUGAAGGUGAAGGACAUGGUGGAGGUUCUGGUGCCGGAGGAGGACAUGGAGGCGGCGGAGGUGGUGGAAGUGGUGGCGGAGGUGGCGGUGGCUACGCUGGUUACCGGCCAUGAGACUGACCUAUCAAGUGUGAAGUGCCCUCCCUUAUAAUCCUUUAUUAUUAUUAUUAUUAUUAUUAUUAUUAUUAUUAUUGUGAAUAUUUGAUAAGCCAGAGGGGUUCUUCCAUCUAAGAGCGCUUAAUUAUUUGUUAUUGUUGUCUUAUUUGAUUAGGAAAAAAGAACUCAUAAUAUUAUUUGCGUGGUUAUAUUAUUAAUAUUAUUUAAAAUCUGGCUUUAUUAUUA